AUGGACAGUACGCUCCGCAACAUUCACGCUGCGGCGACCCCCACGUUCACGACUGCCGUUCGGCGCUCGGCCAGACCGCGAUCAAUCCCCACCACUCGCCAAGAACACACCGACCGCACUACGUCUUGCGCUCGCGCUCCCUCCAACGAGGUCGAGCGGGCCAACUCACACCACAACCGUGAUUCCCAACUCAGCGAUGCGAAGCUCCCAUGUGGAUACUCUUUCGAGACCCCUGCACCAGAGGGUCACGACGAUUUUGACGACGUUGAUAUCAAUGAACCCGAUGAUCGCUCCCCGCCUCAACAGCAAAACGCGGUUGACCACCAGGUUGUGGCAUUUUGGUUCUCCACCACCCGCCCUGUUCCUCGCUCUCAAGUCGUGGGCAUGAGCAAGGAACAACUGAACACCUUAUACCCACCUAUAAAAGCAGAAAACAACGUCCUCGCCACGCGGCACCUGGACCUUACCUGCCAGGGCGACCCCAGCAUGCGUGGCACCGAUGCAGUGGUGCGCACCCUUGCCAACAUCAUUGCAACAUUCGGGCCUCAGCGUGUUCGCGCCGACGUCGAGUCCGCAUCUCUUAACCGCCUCCUCAAUCUGGCCGCAGUCGUCGAGCAGCAGGUCGAAACCCCAGAAAUCUGCAGCCACACGCGGACCCGCACCCUCGUGCUCCACCCGCGCCAAGCUGCAGAGUACCUGAGGCGCCAGCGGCCUGCUUGUCCCGGUGCAUUCCCACCCGCCCUUGUCGACUGCGAGGAAGCUGCGAAGCAAGGAGCUCUCCUGCACACCGGCUAUGUCCGUGACCUGCUCGAAUUCGUUCAGCGUCACGACUUGGUCCUUGUGUACGAGAACCAGUUUGUCAGCGCUUCUGAUAAUGUCACGUUUGCUGCCGACGAGACGCAUGUGGUCCUCGACACACGCUCGGCAGCCGACGCGCACGUCCUACACAAAAUACGCACCCUUGCCAGGAGACGGCACGGCACCGACUUCGCUCAUCCAGACUCAGGCUUCGACCUAGUCAACCCACAGCCCUGGCGAGCGUCGUCUGUCCAGCUUGACGGUGCUGCGCGCAUCGCUGCUGUCACGGCCACGCUCCGCCGAACCUCACCGCCGACGACCGUACCGGCCGAGGCACUCCCCUUCAACAAGGAUGCCUCGCUUCACGUUAUCCGUCAACUGGGCACCAAGCUCCAGCACCGGGUCCUUGCGAUGCCGCGCUCCACAUCCGCAGACCUCACUGCCGCGACCACCUUGGCGGAGCGCUUCUGGGAGCAGGAUGAGCCUGGUCGUCGCCUCCUUUGUCAACCGCGGAUCGACACCGACGAGCGCGAGGAGAAGUACCCGUCGAGGCGCCCGGAGAGCACCGCCCACAAGACUCGACCUCCCGACGUCGAUUGCCAGGCCGAUGUUUCCAUGCGCGACCUGACAUCAUUGAUUGGGUACCUCGACACCAUUGGUGCUCGGGCAGCGGUGGCGGGCAUCCCGGUGCGUGCGUUCAUCGAGCGCGCACCACUCGACGAGCUCGUCGGUGCGGCCCCGGUCUUUGCGAGCAAGGUCUGCACGCCGACCAUCUCGUGCAGCUUCAAGACCCGCUCGUUCGCACUCACCCUCGGCCAGGCUGUCGACUACCUUGGCCGCCGUCCCCCCCUGCGCCAUGGCGCCCUUACACCCGCACUCUUUGAGGACUUCCAGUCGGACAAGCUCCAGCUCGCCGUCAAGAGCGGACUUGUCCUUGUCUUCGAGAACGGGUACGGCCGCCCAGGUGCCAGCGCUCCCUUCUCGGCGAAUUCGACUCUGGUGGUCGUCGACGGCCGCACGCGCGAGUCGCACGCCGACCUCGACGCCCUCCACCGUCUCGCCAUUCGCUGCACGGGCAAGAACUUUGGCCACACCACAUCGCGAACAAUGUUCGCCAACCCCAACCCCGCGGGAGCCACCACUGCCCAGCUCAAGGCCGCUGGUAACCUCUACCAGGUCGUCAGCAAGGUCCGCCGCUCGGCCCUCCCCCUCGGCGGUUCAGCCGUCGCGGCCCCCUUUAACCGCGACGGCUCGCUCCACAUUGUUCGCCAGCUUGGCCAAGCCUUUCUCGACCGUGUGCGCGCGAUGGCGGCCAACACGGCGCGCUCGACCACUCGCUCCGUGGCGGUCACCGAGGACCUCGCUCUGGGCGGCAAAACCAUCAAGGCCGAGUAUCGCGCCUGGUCGGGAACGCCCGAGGCUUGCCGCCAGAUCCUCCGCGACUCCUCCUCCUCCUCUGCCCCCCCCCCCCCCCCCCCCCCCCCCGAGUCGGUCAUCCCGGGGCACCAGUACGCCGCCGUUCUCGAGGCGUUCGGCAGGCUCUACCCCAAACGGGGUGGAUGCCUGUUCACCCUCCUCGCCGGCGUCAUCCCUUCCGCCGUCCCCACCUUCUCCUCGGUCGUCUGGACGAUCAAGCUCGACGGUGUCGUGUACAACUCGUACAUGCACACCUCGGACUCGUUCUCGCCAGCGACCUUGGCCCUCGCUCCUCGUCUACGUCUCGACCCCGCCGUCGCCCGUAUGGCGCUCCUCCGCCUUGGGCGCACCUUUGCCGACAUUACCGUCAGCAACGAGGUGUCAAGGCCCGAGCCCAACUCGGUUAGGGUCCGACGCGAGUACCUCGAGCUCCCCUCGAUCUCGCGGUACUUCGUCACUGCCUUCCGCACCCUCGGCCACCGUCCAGACACCUGGUCCGCAGUUGGCCUCGACACCAGGCUUCCCCAGCUGGCCAAGCACUGCGGUGUUGUUCAAGACCAGCUCGACAAGCUGUGGCUUAUGUCGCAGAGGCUGGCAUGUGUCGAGGGACUGUACACUUGCCCCCAUCAGCUUGUUGUCACAGAGGCCGAAGACGAAGUACGAGCGCUGGCCACGGGCGCGGGGACGAUCUUGCGGCCGAGGAAGAACACGCCCUCGGAAUUGAAUGGAACAGACUGA